CACACACACACAGGGAGAUGAUGGAGCUCAGCAGCGCCACCGCUCGGUUCACGGACUCCACUGCCCAGUUUAAAGAGUACGAGGAUUAUCUGGACUCCAAAGUGACGCCCACGGACAAAUAUUACUUAAAGAGCCGGGAGUUGGCUCGGAAGGUGGUGGAGCACGGCCACAAGGGCACGGUGCUGAGCCGAGAGGAAUUCCAGGAGAGGAAAGCAGCUGCGCUCGCUGCCGAGGUCGCGAAGACCAACGCUCUGUACAACAGGAGCCGUCCAGUGACACUGGCAAGUGCAGGAAAGGAGCUCAAAGAUAACUUCCUGAAAGCCCUGGCAGAGCGAGAGGAGGCCAACCGCAGUGGGAAAAUGACUUCGGUCAUUUUCAUCAGGGAUCAUAAUACUCUUGGACAGGAAGUGUCUGGCUAUAUAGACUACGCCCACAGACUCAAGACCCAAGAUUUCGAACCAUAUUUCAGCGGAAAGAAGAGGCUGGUGCCAGGAACCUCGGAUUUAUGCUUCUACAACUGGAAGACACAGGUGUCCGUGUCCAACUCCAGCCCCAACUUCGAGGUGCUGUAUGAAGACCCCAACGGCCUCCUCUUCAAGAACAAGAGGGACAAGAAGAUCCUGAGUGUGGACCCCUCUUCCGGACCUGGUGAGGACUCCAGCAGGACAUUCCUCCAGACGGACCUCCACGUCCAUGUCGUCAUCUACGACCACAACAUCAGAACGGUCUGAGCUUCAGAGGCCGCUGCCGACACGUCCCUACAUAUGGCUCGUAUCGGAGCGCGCGCUGGAAGCCUCUAAUUUGACCGAGUCGCUGUAGUUGCACCGUCAUUUACAAACUGUUCCUCUCAUAUCAUGCGCGCCAUCUGGGUGGAGGUGCUGCAGUAAAAAGGGACUUGAAACGGAGGAUUCCCAGAGGAAGGCGUGGGCGGACGGGUGCGACAACUUCAAUGUUUCCUGCCAAAUAACUUGUGAUGUUGAAUUUAUAUCCAGAUUUUAAGACAAUUCGGCUCCAAAAUAAACCAAUCAAAUCAAUUUCUUUGUAUUUCACGCAGAUGAUAUUAGUGCAGACCCGGUUUGGCUCAGUUUGUUUGGCGGUCCCUGAGCAGGAGUCGGAGUCAGGGGCCAGGAACCUGCUCAGGGACCCCGGGCUCCUUCCCUGGUCUGGCCUGCCGUGUUUUGGGCUGUUUGUCUAAACAAAUUAAAGGCGUAAGAGCUUUGAAAGAUGGGGGGGGGGUGCUUUUAUGUCCUCCCCCAGGCUGCGGUAGCUCCAAUUGGACUGGGAGAAUGGGUAAUGGGCUUAAAGCAUUCCGCAUGUUCCCAGAUGCAGGGCACACGUUCCAGGACAUCAAAGUGCUCCAUCAUUUACAUAUUAGUCAUUCACUGUGACAGUUUGCAGAGGAAGACCACGGCUCCUUUAGGAAUGAUUGAGGAAGAGUUUGAGCCGCUGAUUCACUUUUAAUUCUGUAUUUGAUUUUUUUCUGAAACAUCUGUUCCACCACGAAUAAAAUGAUGU